AUGAACACCAUCAGAUCUACCGCCUACGGUUGGGGCGUUCUUAUCGUCGCUGGCGGCGGCGCCUACUACUUCGCGAAGAAGGAGAUCAACGCGGAGCGGGCCGAGAAGGCGGCUGCCGACCGCCGCAAGCGCGAGAUGCAUGCGCGCCUCGAAGCGCAGGCCUUCGCCGGUGGCAGCUCGAACGGCGGCGCCAACCCCAGCCAAGAAGCCAGCCAGGAUCCCGCGCCAACACGGCACGCCCCCGAGACCGCAGGCCAGCAGGUCUUCGAGAAGAGCAAGUACGAAGCGACCGAACCGUUCAGGAGCAAGAAGGGGGACCGCUUCAGUUGA